AGUAAUGUCUCGAUCGCUGUGUGGGUAGCAUCGUUCCUCGAGCGCCGGUUUGUUUUGUAUUCUCGUUAGCUUAGUAUUUAAAUAUGAGUGUCAACAAUUGUUUAAAAAGUUUGAUAAUUGAUUAAAAGCGCCGACAAAAUGAUGCGUUUACUCAAAGUGCUAUUUUUAAUUUCUUAUUCAUUCUGUUUUCAAGAUGAAAUCAUAGAAUCUGAAGAUGAUAUACCACCUCAUGGUAAAUGCCAACCUAUAACAGUACCAUUUUGUAUAGGUAUAGCUUAUAAUGAAACAAUAUUACCGAAUAUGUUGGGUCAUCAGAACCUACAGGAAGCUGGCAUGGAAAUUCAUCAGUACUUCCCUUUGGUUAAGAUUGAUUGUAGUCCGGAUUUGCAGUUUUUUUUAUGUUCAGUAUAUGUUCCUGUUUGCACUAUAUUGGACCGUUAUUUACCACCAUGUAAAUCAUUGUGUAUAUCAGCUAGGAACGGUUGUGAAGGUGUAAUGCAAAGUUUCGGUGUCCAGUGGCCGGAUUUUUUAAACUGCGAUAACUUUCCAGAACCCGAUGAACUUUGUGUCGGUCAAAAUAAAUUAACAGUAACUCCUAAUCCUACGAGUGGCGAUGUUUCUAAACAUCCAGUGACGAAAAAGUGGUCUCCAUAUCAUGGUAAAAAUUAUGGUUUCGUGUGUCCUGAACAGUUUAAAGUACCCGAUGUUUUGGAAUACUCUUUUAAAGUUGGCGCGAAAGUUGAAAAAAAUUGUGGAGCUCCUUGUCAUUUGAUGUUUUUUGAACACAGAAAAAACUUUUCGAAAAUAUGGGUAGGAACAUGGGCUAUAUUAUGCUCAGUGAGUUGCUUAUUUACUGUGUGUACUUUUCUCAUCGAUACCGGUAGAUUUCGUUAUCCAGAAAGACCAAUUAUUUUCCUAUCUGUUUGUUACAUGAUGGUCGCAAUAGCCUAUGUUAUAGGCUUCAUCGCUGGAGAUACGAUAGCCUGUAGAGAAGCAUAUCCGAGUAAACAUGGUAUAGUAACUGAAAGUACCAUCACUCAAGGAACCAAGUAUGAAUUAUGCACCAUACUGUUUAUGGUACUUUACUUCUUUAGUAUGGCUUCUAGUAUUUGGUGGGUGGUGUUGACUUUAACGUGGUUUUUGGCAGCCGUACUCAAAUGGGGACAUGAAGCGAUUGAGGCUAAUUCGCAAUAUUUUCAUUUAGCGGCUUGGGCUAUUCCUGCCAUUAAAACAAUCAGCAUUUUGGCUACUGGGAAAGUUGACGGUGAUAUACUUAGCGGGGUCUGUUAUGUUGGUAUAUGGAACGUAGACGCGAUGCGAACGUUCGUUCUCAUUCCUCUCGUCGUGUAUCUGGUGAUAGGUACUAUAUUCCUUACUUCAGGAUUCGUUUCCUUAUUCCGCAUACGAACAGUUAUGAAACAUGACGGCACAAAGACGGACAAAUUAGAAAAACUAAUGAUUAGAAUUGGUGUGUUUUCCGUUCUGUACACGCUUCCUGCUCUCGUAGUAAUUUCCUGUUUGAUUUACGAACACAGUUAUUUCGAUGAAUGGAUGCUGACAUGGAAUCAAGAUAUGUGUGAAAAAUCAAAAUACGCCAUACCCUGUCCGAGGGAUUUGAAAGAAAAAGCUCAUCCUAGGUUUGAAGUAUUCAUGGUCAAGUAUCUGAUGACCAUGAUCGUUGGAAUUACAUCCAGCGUGUGGAUCUGGUCGGGUAAAACUGUACAUAGCUGGAAAGUAUUUUUUAAUAGACUGGAAGGUCGACAUGUUGAAGCGUACGUGUAAAAUAUUAAUUUAUAAAAUGUUACCUGAACGUUUUGUUGAAGUUUUUGAAAAGAUAGAUUCAUCAAGCUCUUUCAUAAUUUAAACAGUCCUCCCAAGUACAUUCAAUAUUAAAAUAUCUUAUUUUUGAUACUUACUUAUUGAGCAGAAAUACUUUGUUAUAAGUGAAAAUUUGAGUUAAUCUCUAUCAAAUUACUGCUCUUGGUUAUUAAUGUUGCAUCCAUGAUCGGAAGGCUUCUUUCGGAAUGUCUGCUUUGCCGUAGCCUCUUCAAAAUCAGCUUUGAAGUUGAAACAUUCCUUUUUUAGUACAUUUCCUUUUUGCCAGAAGUCUCAUGGUACUGAAAAUGGUGAGUAAGGCGGAUUUGGACAUCAAGACUUGUGGCGGUCGUGAAAUGUUACUUGUAGCACAGCGCGUUAUUAUGGUGAAGAAAAAAGUAGUUGAUUAAUUCUUACAAGUUUAUUUUAUCACACACAAUAAAAAAACUAUUCUUACUCGUCCUUUAUUGCUUCGUUUCCACUUCUAAUUCACUCUUACAUUAGCAAACAGUUUGAAAGGUUCUAAAUUAUCACUAAACAUAGAUUUCAAUAACAGGUACUGCAAACAUGAUCUUGCCAAAACGAAUUCAAACUCAACACUUAUUAUCUUAAAAUCUUUAAAAAACUACUAGUUGAUACAAAAUGCAUUUAUCAUAUUUUCUACCAGAUCUCGUAGUACAACUUUGGUUUGACACCGUGACGAUCGAACCUCACCGCAUGUAUGAUUAUUUAAAAUUAGUUUUAAAACACGGUCCUGUUAUUAGAAUGUUCGAUUGGUUCAAUUUGUAAAUAUUUAUAAAAUAUACAUAAUUCAUUAAUUGGUUAUUUUGUGCCUUACAUCAAGGAAAUUCCUAUUUCCUUCUUAACGAAUGUCAUAAAAUUCUCCUAAUCGAAUCGGUUCCAAACAAAUUACAAGAUGUCUCUGAUCUUUUAAUUGAACUUGAAAAAUCUAAUUCCAUAUAUCUAAAAACACAAUCCUUCACGGAACCCAAUGGGCUAGCUGCCAUUUUUUGUAGUAGCACCCUAAAUUUCUGGACGAUAACUCAUACAACCUUUUGCAUUUCUUAUAUAUUUUUAAAUAAAAAGUUUUUCAAAUUCAUUAAAAUCAAUUAGUUGAUUAUGACGCUCUGAUUAGCAGGUUAUGACUUGAUAAAAAAGGGUAAUGAAAAUAAUAUAUCAACAAUAUUCAUAUGUAGCCAUUAAAAAAUUUCAUAGAUUUGAAUAUAAACAUCAUUUACACGAAAACAUUAUUAUGCUUUGACCUUGACCCCAAAUUUAAAACCUUUCCCACUGUUUUUCCUCAGAGAUAACUUAACGUCGGGCGCAUAGUUGAAAUUAAAAAAAUUCUCUUUGCAUUCUUUUAUUUAAUUCCUCAAAAAAAUGGGUUUAUUCAUCUUUCCUACCGUAUAUAAGCCAUCAACUAUUUUAUCGUAUUUGAUACCUAAAAUAUAAAGGUGACAUUUUUGGAACCGUUGGUCAUAUUUAUACAGUUUACAUUACCAUUCUUCAGAGACUGAAGCCUAUUAACUUGACUUAUCUAUUUUAUACUAAAUUUUCCACCAAUGAACUUUCUCCCGCGAAAAAUAAUUCCAGCGGGAAAAUCCUCUUGGCGGGAUUCUUCACAUUUAUUCCUUAACUACUUAACUAUAUAGUGGGCUGUAAAGAAUAGACCCUCUAUCCCUAUUUUAAAUAUAUAAUAAAUGCCUUCUUUUCUUUAGUUUCUCCAAUGCAUGCAUUUUACUUUACUUCCGAAGUCAUCGUGGUCUGCAACUUUGUAGUUUUUCCCUUAUAGCUCAAUAGAAUACAAUUUUUUUUAAUAAUAUACAGCACUUUUACAAUCUACUCUAAAAGCAGAGUAAUAAGUAAAUUGUCUAUAAGUUACUAAAGUGAAUCAGGAACCAUUCGUUAACGGUACUCUGAGAGUAUUUAUUGUGGGAGAUCUUCUGGGCAUAUUCUUUUCAAUCAUCUCUGGUAGUGGCUGGUUGAAUAGAUUAUUUAUUAAUUCAUAGUUGUGGUCAUUGGAAUGAAAAGUUCUUUAUCACAUCUUUGAUUAGUGGGAUCUUCAUAUCGUUAUGAAUUGUUUAGUUAGUAACGUACCAGGGGGCUAUACCCUGGAUUGGAAAGUUCGAAGUAUAUUCGUAUUUGAAGGUUUACUGCAGCCCCAUAGUUCUAUUGCUUAUGACCAGAUUGGUAUGGAUAUAGUUUUGUAGAUAAGCAAUUUAUUUUCGAGUCUUGGUUAAGACCUUUUGUUGAGUAGCCAAUGCAUAUUUUUUAGUUUCAAAUCUAACUCUUUUCUCUUGUUUUUGAUAUGUGUUUCCCAUGUACGUUUUUCAUCUAAAUGUAAACCCAAGAAUUUGAAAACUUGUUAUCGGAAUGGGAAUAUGGUAAUUUGCUUACACAUCCGUAACUUUUUGAUAUGAAAAGAUCACUUCCUCCUAAUUAGUGCUUUUCUCCCGAAAUUUUUAUACCUUAUUCAUCUCUGUUAUCAAUAAUAAUACUGUUCUAUCCACUUAACUUUAAACUUGUUUGCGGAUACUUCUGGGUUUCACUAUAAAUACUUUAGUGUAAGGUCAAACCUAAGAUAAAUCAGUCAUUCCGGAAAGAGACCUCUGACUAUGACAUAUACAAAUCAGAAUGUACUUAAAUGAAAGUAAGUAAAGUUUGUACCAUCUUAAUUCUUGUAAAGAGCUUGAAAGAUUGGAAGCGUUGGUGAAUCUACCUUUGGAACUUUAUAUUUUAUAAUUGUAUAUUUGUUCUAGAGAAAUAAACAAGACUGCAGUAUUUCUAUGAAAACUAUACAGAUAAGUUGGUGAAAAAGUAUCACAGUAGUAUUCACAGUUUCAGAGUACUAAAUUCCAUCAAAUUAUACUUGAUCAUAAUCUCAUUUAGACUAAUUGACCGAUUGUUUCGUCAAGGUUAUUAUUAUUGAGAACCUAAUACUUAAGACUUUUUCAUUUUUAACAAUUACUUUUGUCAAUUACCAGUUUUAGAUAAAUUACAAUUACCAACUUCAUAUAUUUGUUUUAAUAAUUUAAUAGUCCAAGUUUUCGAAUAAUAGUCCAGGAGAUAUCGAUCCAAAAAAACGUGCAUCCAACCUUUCAUUGAUAGUUCAAAAACAUACAAAUAAAAAUACUAGUUUCGCGUGAGUUAUUUGAGAAUUUGAAUUUAAUAAAUUUUUGUUUUAAAAAACGGAUUUCAAAGUUCUCAUAAGUUAAUUGGCGCAGUCAGUAGGAUGCGAAAUCUAAUCAGUAACACAGAUGCUAGCAAAUGAGAAAUCCACAGCGAAUAUCCAAAUGCGUGAAUGUUUAUCUCACAAAAAAAUUCCAUUCUCUUCUAGAAAUAAAUGUAGAAAAGAAUGUUGUUAGCAAAGAGAGUCAUGCAAAUGUUCAAGGUUGUGAUCAAAACCCCAGAACAUAUAUAGUUGGAUUUCAUUUAAAGAAAACAAAAUAAUUUUAUUUUUAUAGAAAUAUUUAUACAUUUUUAUACAUUUAUACGGAAAUAAUUUGAGAAAAAUAUAUUGUAAUGGUUUUAUUAUUUAUUUAUUUCUAAUGGUUGGGUAAAUUUAUAAACACUGUCUCUUACGUUCUUUAUUUCUUUAAACACUUUACAGUACAUUUAACUAACUUAUACAAUUAAUUUAAAAUUUUCGUUUCCUUUCGUCCAUUCACUAUGACUAUUUGUUAUAAACUAACUAACUCCGCUAAACGAACUUGUUUAUAUACCCAAAACGAAAUUCUCAAAAA